CAGCAGACGAACAUCCAGCCUGCCCGACGAGUCUAGGUCUCAGCUGCGAGAAGCAUUUGACAGCUACGAGAAUUUGUGUCCAAGCUGCGAGUUGAGAGAUCAAGUGAUCUGAGAACUUUGCUGCUGCCGAGAUGGCGAUGGGAAAGAUGGCCCGGGGAAUCAUUGCACCCUUGGUGAUAUUAAAUUUGGCCAUGUUUGCAGUGGCUUUGGGGUUGUCUGGAUGGAUGAUGAACAGAUUUAUCGAGCGAGGUGGGUACGGGGGAAACCAGGCCACUCCGUUCCUUGCAAUUUUCUCUCUGAUAGCUGGAAUGGUCGGGAUCGCAUCGGCCAUCACCGGGCUCCACCAUGUGAGAGAAGGAUCGUCGAGCAGCGCUGCAGCCGCCCAAGCGACUUCCUGGAUCACGUGGUUGCUGUUGAUCCUCGCCUUCUGCUUGGCAUGGAAGGAGAUUCACAUCGGAGGCAGGAGCGUGAGGCACCGAGUGUUGGAGGCUUUCAUCAUCAUGCUCACAGCUACUAAGCUCGCAGAGACUCUGGCUUACUACUUUGGGGACAAGUCUCGAUCCAGGCACGACGCUGCCCAUGGCACACCAACCACGUACGACUCGACCGUCUGAGCGCCUCGAGAAGCCGAUGGAUGUCGCAUUUCGUACCCGAUGGGGUAAUAUACUCCGCUGCAGCUCGCCUCCGAGAAAGGUGUAGCUGAAUGUGUGAUCUUUUGAUGGAUUUGAGGGGUUCGAUCCCUUUCAUUUGUACCAGUACUAUGAGGUCAACUUUUCUGUACAUGUAAAUGAUGUGUAGCCGAU